AUUUGGCAUGUGUGUUUAUUUAAAACUUUCGCAAAAAAUCCGAAUAGAUCAUUAUCAGAAAUAAUUAGUCACAGCACAAAAUGGUUUAGCAAAUACUGCGCGACAAUAAACCAAAUUUUUACCACAUCACACAAACAAAGUAUUACUAAAUAGUAUUCUUCUACAAUGGAUGCUCCGAUAGAAACAUCACACAAAGUUUCUUGGCGUAAUUUUAUAGGUUAUGGCAUUGGACAUGUUUUAAACGAUGUCUGUGCUUCAAUGUGGUUCACAUAUCUUUUAGUAUAUUUUCAUCUUGUGCUCGGAUUCAGUUCUGCUCAAGCUGGAGUCGUUUUACUAGUUGGACAGAUUGCUGACGCCUUAGCAACUCCUUUCGUCGGUUUUCAUUCAGACAAAACUGAUGACUGGUGGUUGUGCAGAUACGGACGUAGGAAAACAUGGCAUUUAUUAGGAACUUUAUGCACAGCUGUAGCCUUUCCUUUUAUAUUCUCUCCUUGUGUCGGAUGCACAAACAGUCACGCAUGGGCACAAUUGUUUUACUAUUGUGCAUUUGUAUGCAUUUUCCAAUUCGGCUGGGCUGCUGUUCAAAUUAGUCACCUGGCUCUUAUACCAGAACUAUCAGCAGAUGAGCAUGAUAGAACUAAAUUGGCUGCUAUAAGAUAUAGUUUCACAGUUUUUUCAAGUUUGUUAGUUUAUGCCGUAACAUGGAGUUUAUUAGAAUCAGCAUUACCAGAGUCUGAUGCCGGUCCCAAAAAUGCAUCAAUGCUUUUGAAUGAGUAUAGUUAUGAUAAUAUGUCAUAUUACAAUAGUUUUAUUGCAAUGAGUACAGGGUUAACGAGUGGAAAGAUUUUGUUUGAUUCUGAAAGUGUGCAACCUAAUAUAUCGGAAGAAGUUGGAAAACAAGUUGGUCCUGAUGAUGCUAUUAAGUUUCAAGAAAUUGUUUUAGUCGGUUUGUCCUUUGGUGCUUUAUGUUCUGCCCUAUUUCACAUCCUGGUUCGAGAAAAAAAUCAAACAGUAUUAGAAAGAUCAGAAGCCGGUACCGGAUCCAGAACAACAUUCAGUCUACUUAAAGAUUAUAAAACGUACCAGGUUGCAGGAAUGUACAUGUGCACCAGACUGUUUGUAAAUCUGACACAAGUGUUUACACCAUUGUAUCUGCACGAGACUUUGGAAAUGUCGGCUGGUCAAUUAGCCUUAAUUCCUUUGGUUAUGUUUAUAAGUAGUCUGGUGACAUCACCAUUGAUACAACCGAUUAAUAAAUGUUUUGGAAGAAAGUUGGCUUAUGGGAUCGGAGCAGUGUUAGGAAUAUCAGCUUGUAUAUGGGCCAGAUUCGGCAACGGCGAGUUUUACAUCACGUAUUUAAUAUAUGUCGUAGCAGUAUUAUUUGGUGCUGCUGGUUCAAUUCUUCUAGUAACAAGUUUAGGAGUUACUGGUGAUUUUAUAGGCAAAGACACCGAUAGCGGUGCAUUAGUUUAUGGAUUGAUGAGCUUUACUGAUAAACUUUCGAAUGGAUUGGCUGUGAUUGUUAUACAAAACUUGGAAAGCAAAUUUACUGGAGUGACAUUCUACCGUGACGUCCUUACAUACGUUUGUGGAAGCUCGGCUUUGCUUGGUGUUAUCUUUUUAGCGUUUUUCAAACACGGAAACGGUACGCCCCCAUAUGAAAGCCUCCUCGACAGCAGAACAAACAUCAACGAAGAAAUAACAUCAAACGAAAACCGGCAAAUAAAUAACGCAUCACAAAACGCUCCCCGAGAAGUUUUAUAAUAUUUCUAUUACUUUUUAGUGAUAUUUUUGUAUCUAAGAUUUAUAUUUUCACAUAGAACUCAAUUUCUGUGCCUUUGACGACCACAAAGUGGUCGAAAAUGAAUAUACAUAUUUGUGAUAUGGUUUUAAAUCAACAGACCAAAAGAUAUUACGAAAUUAUUUUAUCACACUUUU